AUGCAAAAAGAAUACGAUAAGGCUAGGAGGUUUGGUAGAUGGGACAAGAAAAGAGAAUGCUACGUCAACCACAAAGGAGAUCCAGUUCUUGAUUCAAGCAAAGUGGUUUAUAAUGAUGUACUUGCAGUCAUACCUCUGUCCAGCGAAUAUUAUUCUAAGAUAGAAGCAGAUAAAGAUUAUCUCAAAAAGCUGGAUAGGAUAAUCAGAGAUGUAAUGAAAGUAAGUUUGAAGAAGAGAGAUGAAGAAAGAAUGAAGAACAGUGUUGAGAAGCUGGUGGAUGAGUUGAAAAAGAUUGCAGAGGAAGGCAGUGAUGAACAGAAGUAUGAAGAGGUAAAGAAAGAAGAAGGAACUGGUGAAGAGAAACAGGAGAAAGUUGAAGAGAAGCUGGAGAAGCAGGUUAGUGAAGUUGUUGCUGUAGAACAGCAGGAGAAGGAAGAAGAUCAGAAGCAGACAGCAAAAGAAGCCGAGGUGCCAACUAUUGAGGUAAUAACUAAACCUGAAUCUUCUGACAUAUUAGAUAAAAAUGUUGAACAGUUUUUGGAAAAAGAAAAUGAGAUUUUUAAACAAAAGUGUUCAGCAAUGACAGAAAAAUGUGUUCAAAAAGAAAAUGUGGUUCAUGAAAUGAAAAAGGAAUAUGAAUCAAUAAAAUUGGCUUAUUAUAUUACAAAAGAAUCAUAUGAGGCAGUGAAAAGCCAAAUGAAACUUGUUCAAUCUAGAUUGUCACAGUGUUCUGAAACGUCACAAACGCUUAAACAACAGUUUGAAAUAAAACAACAAGUUGUAAAUUCAUAUAUUGAAGAAGUUGUUGAGCUUAAACGUAAAAUGGCUGAUUUAGAACAAGAUAAUAACAACUUGCAUAGUUAUCACACUUCAUCAUAUGUUCUUGAACGUAUUUUCAACAUAAAACCGGAUGAUAAAGAUUCUGAAAGAAACAAGAAAGGAAUUGGUUCAGAAUAUCAUUAG